AUGGCCCUUCUCUUCCUCAAGCAGAAGCUGUUUCCAGAGCGGGAAACCAAGCUGCACAGUGAGUCGCCCCAGCUUUGCGGGCUUCGCAAACCGCUCCUCGCCCGCAUCGACGACGAAGAGACCAUCCGUGGGGACUCGGACCAAGACUUGGAAUCGCAAUGCUCCUAUAAUACCUUUGGCCGCGUAGUGAGCAACGACGAUUCCAGAAGCGAGAGCAGCAGCAGCAGCAGCACAACGCGCUCACGCAUCAACCCGCGCAUUGUUUCCGAUGCCAUCCUCGGCCUCUCUGAUGGCCUGACAGUGCCCUUCGCCUUGUCCGCAGGCUUGUCGGCGCUGGGCAACACCAAGGUCGUGGUCCUGGGUGGCCUCGCCGAGCUCACAGCGGGCGCCAUCUCGAUGGGUUUGGGUGGGUACGUUGGAGCCAAGAGCGAAGCUGAAUCAUACGAAGCCACCGUUCGCGAAACACAAGCACUCAUUGACUCCGAUCCCUCGGAAACCAGCAACAUCGUCCGCGACACCUUCGCACCCUACCGCCUCUCACCGACCGCCAUCGACGACAUCACACGCGACCUGCACUCCUCGCACGAGCGGCUCCUCGAGUUCCUGCUCGCCUUCCACCACCGCGAGACCGCGCCGGACUGCAAUCAGGCAUGGAUCAGCGCUCUCACCCUGGCGAUUGGCUACUUCGUCGGCGGCUUCAUCCCGCUGAUUCCGUACUUCAUUGAGUCGCGGGUGAUAGCCGCGCUGUACUGGAGUAUCGGGGUGAUGGGAGUGACGCUGUUCGUGUUUGGCUAUGUGAAAACGUGUGUGGUCCGCGGGUGGUCUGGCCGUGACAAUGUAGUUGCCGGCAUUUGGGGUGGUGUGCAGAUGUGCUUUGUCGGCGGCGUUGCGGCCGGCGCGGCGAUUGCAUUGGUGCGGCUGAUUGACACGGGGAGCGCGUGA